CCUAUAUACAUUUUAUCGCGACAGUUUGACAAAGAUUCGAUAUUUAAGAGCAGAAUUUUUUUUUCUAAUUUCUUUUAUACAUACAAUUGUUCUUAUAUAUAUAUUUUUUUGUGUGUAAAAUAUAGAUAUACGUGUUCUUUAAAAGUGAAGAAAAUUGUCUUUCUACAAUUUUCUUAAAAACAUAUGUGACGCGUCUGAGAAAACGCUUCGUAUAUAUAAUACCUAUACACAUACAUUUUAAUGUACCAGACUUGACAAAAUUCAUCGUAAAAAAUUAUAAAAGAUUGAACUCUAUUAAAUAAAAAUGGAAGGAGACGCAAAACCACCUAAAGAAUUAUCCAAUUCAGGAAACUUGAAUGCAAAUUGGAAUCUUUGGAAAAAAGAAUUUCAAACUUACAUGAAAAUAACUAAAGGUGACAAUAAAUCCGAAGAUGAACAGGUAGCUUGGUUAAAAAAUUUUAUUGGACCAGUUGGAUUACAGGCAUUUGAAAAAAUUUCUUUUGAUAAUUCAAAAGACGAGGAAAAUAUGACUAUUGUUUUAGAAAAAUUAAGUCAAUAUUUUAAUAUUACAAGAAAUGUGAAAGUACAACGGUAUAAAUUUUUUUCUAAAUCAAAACAGGAUAACGAAUCUAUUGAUUUAUUUGUUAAAGAUUUACAGGAAAUCUCAAAAUCUUGUAAUUUUGGAGAUCAAGCAAGAAGUCUUAUUCUAGAUGCUAUUAUCUUGAACACAAAGGAUGAAAAACUUAGAAAUCUUUUUUUCAAUGAAUCCGAUUUGACGUUAAAUAAAAUAAAAAAUAUUUACAAAAAUUUUGAAAUUGAGAAUGAAAGAAAAAAAUUACAAACAGAAAUCAAAACUGAACCUUCAACAUUUAAACAAGCAGAAUGUUUUAAUAAACCCUGUAGAAAAUGUGGACUACGUCAUGCUUUUAAAAAUUGUCCUGCUUUUGGAAAAUUCUGUCACUAUUGCAAACAUUUAAAUCAUUUUGCUCAAUUUUGCCCUGUUGCAAAAUUAGAUAGAACUCGAAAUAACAGUGAAUCCAAUUCAGCGAACAUAUUUUUUGAAUCAAAAAUUCAGCAAAAUGUGGAAAAUAAAAUUCAGACAAAAACAAAGGAUUUUGAAAGAAAAUCUAAUAUAAAGAAAACAGAACUUGUGACACCUGUAAUUGAGAAAAAUCGCAUUGAAACAAGAAGCCCACCGAAAAAUGAGAAUAAAUUUUCAUCUUCUACUAAUAUUGAAACAUCAACAUCAUUAAAUCGACCUCAAAAUAAUUUUAGAACUCAGACACCAAUAAAAAUUCCACCAGCACAACCUUCUGCUCCAAUAGAAUAUUCUGCACCAUUGGAGAAUAAUAUAAUUCCACCACCGUACAAUUUAUUAUACCCCAAUUUACCACCCCAAACACAUGCAUCAGCUCCACAUCAAUAUAAACAAAAUUACGGACAAACAACUGCAAAUACUAAUCAAUCAAAUUCUCGUAGUCGAGAAAAGUCAAAACAGAAAGUUGAAAAUAACGAUUGCACAAUUCAAUAAGAAAAAAAGAAAAAUUUUCUUCUUUUUUUUAAGUUUUAAACUGAUACACUAUAUUUUUGAAAAAUAUUUUUGAAAUUACCUUAUUUAAUCAUAGGAGGCAGCUAUAUAAGGUUUUUAUAGGAUUCUAUGUAGGAUCCUACAUAAUUAUGAUACUUGUUAAAAGAAUUUCCAAUAGUGAUCACUUUGAAAUUGACAAAAAAUAAAUAGAAAUUAUAUUUAAUGUAAUAAGCAAUAAAAACAAUUUGUUUGUAAUUUUUAAGAUAGUAUUCAAAGCUCAACAUAUAAGUUUUAAAAUAAACAUUUUUUAACUUGUGUCUCUUUACUAGAAACUAAAAUAUGAAACUAUUUGAUAUCUUUUACUACUGUAUAAUAUGUUAAAUAUUUUAAGUGGAAGUGUACAUGUUUUUACACAUUAAGUAUUGUGCUUUCUAUAAAAUAUUCAUUAAAAAUUAUUGGGUUUAUUUUAC